CACGAUGCAGUCGUGCGGGAAGAGGGCAGCGUUCGUUUAGACAUCCGCGCGUAGUCUUUCGAGCGACCUCGUAGGGAUCGCUUCGUUUCGCAUCGCAUCGCAUCGUAUCGUAUCGCAUCGCAUCGUUCCCUUCGAUCUCGAGACCCUUCUGCAUACUCGCGUCGUUCGCAGUGGCACUUUCAAAUUCCGUCGAGUCGCCAGUGUUCGACCGUCUCGUUGUGAACGGCUGCAAACGCGAAUGCAGCCGUUAUCCGUGUUAGUUGGUAAUUCGGUCGAGCGUUUUUCCGUUCCGUUGCUUUACGGAACGGCUGUUUAAAUUUUGUACGAGUUUCAACGGAACAAGAAACUAUCCAACGCGAGCGAGCCAAAGCCCUUCGACGGAUCGGUUUUUGGAGUCGGUUUCGAUCGACGCGAGUUCCGAUAGACUGUGCGGAGAAAGCCGAUACUUGCGAAGGAGAUAACUUGCAAACCGACGGAUAGCUCGUUGCUCGUUGCUCGUUUCUCCGGUGAGCAGAUUGCGCGCGCUCGGUGUCGUUGUCGCGUUCUCGUCGGAUCGCCGCGCCGGUGGCACACUUGACGCUUCGAAAGGAGAAUAGACUUUCUCCUUCUCACCGAUCCUCGUGCCGCGAACCACCGCGAACCACCGCAAACAGCCGCGCGUUGCGUUGCGUUGCGUUGCGUUGCGUUGCGUUGCGCUGCUUUGCUUUGCGGCCCGUUCGCGCGCCGCGGAGGGAAGCGUCUUCGAAGUCUCCGCGGUCUCUUUAUCGGCGGGCAUCGACGACGAUAACCAUCGUCGAGACGAUCGAAACCGACGUUUACGGUGGUGACGGUGACGGCGACGGCGACAGCAACAGCAACAGCAACAGCAACAGCGACGGCGACGGUAACGGUGACUGUGACGGUGACGGUGACGAGGGCAACGAGAAGGAGGAGGAAAAGGAGAAGGGGGAGAAGCAGGACGAUGAUCAAGGUCUGAUCGACGAGAAGAAGAAGUGGCCGGACGUAUUAAAAUUCUAAACGUUGCCGCGUGUUCGGAGAGUCCUCCGAACGGCUCGAAAUCGAAAGAACUCUGAGACUACUGGCCGCAGGAAAACUCGGGGAGUCGCGCGUAAACCGAACAAGUCGAAUAAUCCGAAUAAUUCGAAUAAAUCGGGAGACGGAGCGAGGCUCGGUCGGAGAAGGAGGUAGCCGCGAAGAGAGCGAUAAAGAAGGAAGAAGGGAGGUCAAGGAGAUCGAAGAGAGAAGGAAAGAGGGAGUAGAAGAAGCGCGCGAGGUCGUUUAAACGCAAGAAGAAGACGCACGCGCCUGCGAGGAAGGAGAAAGGAGAAACGAGAGACGAGAGACGAGGGAGAGCCGAGAAUUCGUCGACGCGUGUACGCGGUGACCAAUCAAGAUGAGAGUACACCGUGGGAUUUGCGCGAAAUUGCAAGGAGGAUUUCUCAGGCGAUGGUGGGCUGCGGUGGCCGUGGGCGCUCUGCUGAUCAUCGCGGCGGCGAUCUUGGCGGCGGUGUUUCCGAAACUGGUCGACGUCCUGCUCAACAGGGAGAUCGCGUUGCGCGAGGGUGGCCGCACCUUCAAAUGGUGGAAGGAACCGCCGGUGUCUCCUCAGCUGAGCAUCUACAUCUACAACAUGACGAACGCCGAUGAGUUUUUGAACGACGGGGAGAAACCGACGCUGAUGGAGCUCGGUCCCUACGUGUACGUGCAACAAUGGGAAAAGGUCGAGGUUAAAUUCAACGACAACGACACCGUGUCGUACAAAGUGAAGAAACAGUUCGUCUUUUCGCCGGAAAAAUCGAUCGGCACGGAGGAGGACUUGGUGGUGGUGCCGAACGUGCCGAUGCUCUCGGCGACCAGUCAAUCGAAGCACGCGGCCCGUUUCCUGCGACUGGCGAUGGCCUCGAUCAUGGACAUCCUGCGGAUAAAGCCGUUCGUCGAGGUGUCGAUCGGGCAGCUGCUCUGGGGCUACGACGACCCGUUGCUCAAGCUGGCCAAGGAUGUCGUGCCGAAGGAGCAGAAGCUGCCUUACGACCAGUUCGGGCUGAUGUACGGCAAGAACGCGACGAUGCCCGAUUGGUUCACCAUCUUCACCGGGCAAGGGGACAUCUCCAAGUACGGGGUUCUCGACAAGUGGAACGGAAAGAGCAGCCUGGGUCACUGGACCACGCCGGAGUGCGACAGCGUCGCCGGCAGCGACGGCAGCAUCUUCCCUCCGCGCAUCACCAAGCAAACGGUCCUCAAGAUCUUCGACAAGGAUCUCUGUCGGGCCCUGCCUCUGGUCUACAAGGAGGAGGUGACCACCGCCGGCGGAAUUCCCGGCUACAGAUUCGUCCCGUCCCAGGACGCGUUCGGAUCCGCCGGCAGAGUAGAAUCGCAGCGAUGCUUCUGCCCGGCGGGGCCGCCGUGCGCGCCCGAGGGCACCUUCAACGCGUCCCUUUGCCAAUACGAGUCGCCGGUUCUCCUCAGCUUCCCGCACUUUUAUCUCGCCGAUCCAGCGCUGCGCGAAGCCGUAAACGGGAUAUCGCCGCCGGUCGAAGAGAACCAUCAGUUCUACAUCGACGUGCAGCCGAUGAUGGGCACCUCGCUGAGAGCGAAGGCGAGGGUUCAGAUCAAUCUGGCGGUCAGUCAGGUGCGAGACAUCAAGCAGGUCGCCACGUUUCCCGACAUCGUUUUCCCCAUCAUGUGGUUCGAGGACGGCAUCGACGAGCUCCCCGAGGAGAUGCGGAGCCUGAUGAAGAUGGCGGUGGACGCGCCGCCGAUCGCUCGAUCGGCCGUCUCCGGAGCGCUCGCGGCUAUCGGCGCGGUCGUUUUAAUCGGCGCGCUCGUCUGCCUGGCGCGUGCCGCGAAACGUCAAGAGAAACUUCAUCUGAGCAAUCCGUUACCAUCGAACGCCAGCGCCGGUAAAACCGGUCAGCUGAAUCCGGCUUUCCAGAAUUCCGCCGGUUCCAACGGAGCAACGCGCUUCCGUGAAUUAAAAGCAAAAGCAAAAGCAAGCGUGCGGCCAACGUUUGGCCAACGUGGCACGUUUCUCCGAGAACACGCGCGACACCUCGAUUCUCACGAUCGUCGGUAUUGUUCGGAAGAACAAUGCGGACUCGCGCGAACAAUAUCGCUCGUUCGCAUCGAUAACGGUCGACGCGCGUUCUCUUCGCGUUUUCGAAACAGCGAAGCGGCGACGCGGGAGCGAACGCUCCUCUCGAAUCGGGAUCGGAGAAUGAAAAGGGUUCGCGCCGCUCGAUCGUUUCAGGAAAAAUCGAUCGGCACGGAGGAGGACUUGGUGGUGGUGCCGAACGUGCCGAUGCUCUCGGCGACCAGUCAAUCGAAGCACGCGGCCCGUUUCCUGCGACUGGCGAUGGCCUCGAUCAUGGACAUCCUGCGGAUAAAGCCGUUCGUCGAGGUGUCGAUCGGGCAGCUGCUCUGGGGCUACGACGACCCGUUGCUCAAGCUGGCCAAGGAUGUCGUGCCGAAGGAGCAGAAGCUGCCUUACGACCAGUUCGGGCUGAUGUACGGCAAGAACGCGACGAUGCCCGAUUGGUUCACCAUCUUCACCGGGCAAGGGGACAUCUCCAAGUACGGGGUUCUCGACAAGUGGAACGGAAAGAGCAGCCUGGGUCACUGGACCACGCCGGAGUGCGACAGCGUCGCCGGCAGCGACGGCAGCAUCUUCCCUCCGCGCAUCACCAAGCAAACGGUCCUCAAGAUCUUCGACAAGGAUCUCUGUCGGGCCCUGCCUCUGGUCUACAAGGAGGAGGUGACCACCGCCGGCGGAAUUCCCGGCUACAGAUUCGUCCCGUCCCAGGACGCGUUCGGAUCCGCCGGCAGAGUAGAAUCGCAGCGAUGCUUCUGCCCGGCGGGGCCGCCGUGCGCGCCCGAGGGCACCUUCAACGCGUCCCUUUGCCAAUACGAGUCGCCGGUUCUCCUCAGCUUCCCGCACUUUUAUCUCGCCGAUCCAGCGCUGCGCGAAGCCGUAAACGGGAUAUCGCCGCCGGUCGAAGAGAACCAUCAGUUCUACAUCGACGUGCAGCCGAUGAUGGGCACCUCGCUGAGAGCGAAGGCGAGGGUUCAGAUCAAUCUGGCGGUCAGUCAGGUGCGAGACAUCAAGCAGGUCGCCACGUUUCCCGACAUCGUUUUCCCCAUCAUGUGGUUCGAGGACGGCAUCGACGAGCUCCCCGAGGAGAUGCGGAGCCUGAUGAAGAUGGCGGUGGACGCGCCGCCGAUCGCUCGAUCGGCCGUCUCCGGAGCGCUCGCGGCUAUCGGCGCGGUCGUUUUAAUCGGCGCGCUCGUCUGCCUGGCGCGUGCCGCGAAACGUCAAGAGAAACUUCAUCUGAGCAAUCCGUUACCAUCGAACGCCAGCGCCGGUAAAACCGGUCAGCUGAAUCCGGCUUUCCAGAAUUCCGCCGGUUCCAAGUAGAUCGACUCGCUAGACUCUGUCGACUCGGUUCGAACUCGGUUCCUCGACUUCCCCCCGACACCGGAUUGAUUAUUCGCAGAUCAUUCUCGAAUCCCGACGCACGACCAGACGCUCGAUCCUCGAUUUCUCUCUCUCUCUCUCUCUCUCUCUCUUCCUCUCUCUCUCUCUCUCUCUCUCUCUCUCUCUCUCUCUCUCUCUCUCUAUCUCCCUCUCACUGUCGAUUCGAGACUCGAGACACGCGACGCGAGCGCUCGAUACGGUCGAACAAAUAAAAACGGUAGAAGCAGAACGAGAAACGGCUCUGCUAGAGAAGAAGAAACGAUAAACUCGGGUCGCGUUCGCUUCCAAAUGCCCGGCUCGAAUUCGAGCCGGUGUCGGUGUCGGUGUUUUGGUGUCGGUGUCGGGAUCGGGGUCGCGGGACGGUGACGGUUGUCGGUGACGGUUGUCGGUGUCGGUGUCGGUACGUUGGGAUUUAAACGAAUAAACGAACAAACGUUCGAUCGGAGAAAGGAAGAGAGUGCUAGGCUGCGCCGCUUAACGGUACCUGGUACACGACUCACCGUUUUCAAGAACUGUGCCGUGUUCUCGACGCACCUAAUUUACUCGGGUCGAGUAAAAAUCGUCCGAUCGAAAAGCGAAAAGUAGCAAAAGAGCUCCUCCGUUGAUUGCAACUUGUAUUAUUCUAGAAAUACGUGUACGUAGGUGAUCGAGGAAGCGAUAGAAAAAGGAGAGAAAGAGAGAGAGAGAGGAGAGACUCUCGGAAGGUUGGCGAAAGAACCGUAAAGAAAUUCGAAUCUGGAACAGGAUUCCGGAUCGUCGAUUCGAAUCGGCGGGGCUCGUCGACGCGAGCCGCCUACGAAAUCGUUCCGUCCAAUGAACGCGUGCGUGCACGCGUAGAUAGUAAAUAGCAAAUAGGAAAUACGUAUUUUUUUAUCAGUUUGUACAUACUCGAACAGCGCGCACUCCGCAACGAUCGAGCUCCUCCUAUCCGUUAUUCGUUACCGGUUCGAGUAUACGCGCCUAUCGUUCUAAACGUCUCGUUGUUUCAGAUGGAUCGCGGUUAGGUUCAUAUUCUUAGGUAAAAAUUAGUUUUCUACCACUUUGGAGCGCGAGCAGGCAAUAAAACUGCGAAAUGGUUUUUAAAUCGGUCGGAUUCGUGUCAAUUCGAUCGUCGAGCGAUUCGGUGGAGACGAAUAAAUGUUUUAUAAGACAGGUA